AUGCACUUUUCUCUCCUGAAAUACGGAGAAGUGCCCCUGAAUCUGAAACUCAAGAAGCGCGUGCUCUCGAUCAUCAAGCAUGAUAAGACAUCUGCAUCAGAGCUUUCCGAAGUCAAUGUUCUUCUGGGAGAGACGUUUGCGUCCGCUGCAAUCGAAUUCUGCAAAGAGCAUGAUGUUGAUCUCAAGAGCCUCGACGCUAUUGGCUCGCAUGGUCAGACUAUCUGGCUUGCGAGCAUGCCAGACGAGGGGAUACCCAAAUCUGCUUUGACAAUGGCUGAAGGCACCUUCAUGGCAUCUCGGACAGGCGUCACGACAGUGACGGAUUUCAGAGUCUCAGACCAAGCCGCGGGACGCCAAGGUGCACCGUUGAUCGCCUUUUUUGAUGCUUUGCUGCUGCACCACCCUAGCAAGCUCCGGGCGUGCCAAAACAUUGGUGGUAUUGCAAAUGUGUGCUUCAUUCCCCCCGAAGGCCCUGAUCGAGCCUAUGACUUUGAUACUGGUCCGGGCAACGCCUUGAUUGACGCCGUGGUUCGUCAUUAUACAAACGGGGAGCAAGAAUACGACAAAGAUGGUGAAAUGGGAAAGAGAGGCACAGUCAACCAAGACAUGGUCGACGGAUUCUUUCAGAGGAUACCUUAUUUCAGCUGGGACCCGCCAAAGACGACCGGUAGAGAAGUCUUCCGGGAUACAUUGGCCGAUGACUUAAUCAAGGAGGGCGCUGAGCUGGGUCUAUCAGCUGACGACGUUGUUGCCACUGUCACAAGAAUCACUUCUCAAGCCAUCGUGAACCAUUGGCGCCGUUAUGCGCCGAAAGACCGCCCAGUUGAUGAGGUGUUUAUGUGCGGAGGUGGUGCUUAUAAUCCUAACAUCACUGACUACAUGAAGGAGCAGUUCCCAAAUGUCAAGAUGUUCAUGCUUGAUGAUGCAGGAAUUCCUGGUGGAGCUAAGGAAGCCGUCACAUUUGCCUGGCAAGGCAUGGAGGCUAUUGUUGGCCGCAGUAUCCCUGUUCCUGACAGAGUGGAAACACGGAGGCCUUAUGUUCUUGGCAAGGUUAAUCCAGGAGAGAAUUACAGGAGAGUAAUGCGAAAGGGCAUGCUGUUUGGCGGGGGCCGAGACAAGCUCGACGCAGUGAAGGAGAUGAUCAAUUAUGUCAACGGCGAAGUAUUCAAUAAUAAGUGGUAG